UAUGUUGAUAUUAAGUUUUAUGCCUAAUAGAGGAUGAUAAAUACGUACUAUAUGGAUGCAUCAUGCUAUAUUAUCUUUGUCCCAGAAUAAUUUAAAUGUGCAAUUAGUUAUCAGUGAAAGUAGGAAGUUAAGAAUAGCUGUAUUUAGUAACAACUCUCUUAAAUUGCCAAUGCAAGAUAUUCAAUUUCACAACAUCCCGUUAUGUAUGGAAGUUCGGUGUAUUACAAAAAACGGUGGCUUAACUUGCGUGAAAAUCUUCCAAUCAUAUGCUUAAGCUUACUUAAUUACACUUAUGCAAAUGGAUGUGAAGGAUUCUUUAAAGGUUGCUGUCCAGGUUCAACUUGGAAUUCCAUAUCUCAGCAAUGUGAAAGAUGUUUCCCAGGCUACACAGGAGAAAAAUGUUCAGUGCCGUGUCCUUAUCCUUAUUACGGAGUGGACUGUCAAAGAACGUGCAACUGUAGCAGAGACAAGUGUGAUGUUUCCUCAGGAUGUAUGGAUGUGACUACAAGCCAUAUCAUUGGGAAGACGAAGACAAAUAAUGACGAGCAUUCCAGAAUCUUCUCGACGAGCACUUUAGAUACCCAUACUUUAGAUAUCGAGGAGUCUGAUAAAUGUCGCCCUGGAUACAUCGGAAAAUACUGCAGAGCAAGAUGUAUUUAUCCUUAUUUUGGAAAGGAAUGUGAGGCAGAAUGCAAUUGUAGCGAACCGAUGUGUGAUGUGGCUACUGGAUGUGGAGCUGUUGAUAGAGGUAUGACUCCAUAUGUUUACGAUGAAACAGUCUGUUUCAUUUUACUUUUCUUAAUUCAUUCGCAACCAAUUUUGUUUCAACAUUCUUAUUUUUGAAAGCAUAAACAAAUUUUGGUCAAUUUAGGUUAUAAAGAUAACAGUUAGAAAUAUCAUAUUGUAUGCGUAUAUGCACCGGUUUACAAUACAGUAAUUUAUCUACCAUGUCUCAAGAUGGCACAGCAAGACAUAAUUGGAUUAACUGUCGAAAAACUAAGGUCAAACAACACUUUUUACUAAAGGAAAAAUAUCU